AUGAAGGUGGCAAGCUUUGGAGACGAUGAAAAGGACAGGCUGAGCAACUGGCCGCCCAAGCUACUACCUGUAUCCCAGAUCUUGAUGCCUUCCAAUCAGGUGCAGGAGAUAGCAGCGCACAGCGAGCAAAGCAAGACAUCGAGCCGUCUUCCCCAAACGCGAGCUCCGACUCCACAUUCUCCAGCGAGACCAGGCUACAAAUCGGGCUUGGGCUCGAACUCUGCUUCUCUGCUCCCAACUCCUCCGAAUCUCGGCAUCGUGAACUCCGGGCCCCCAAUGGCUGCCAGGACGGGCCCAAGCGGUGGCGCUGGCGCUUACGCCGACUGCGUCGACUCGCUACGCAGCUCUCUCAAAUUCCUCGAGGCCUCUGUGGAGACAAUUGAUCGUGGCGUGUCGGAUUUUCCUCGUAUGAUGGGCGUCCUCAAGACAGUUCGGCCUACACUGGCUGCGGCUGAGGCCUCCCUCCGAGAUGAGAUUGGACCCUAUAUUGCCUUUCUGCUCAGCCGUGCCGACGCUCAAGUUGAGCGACAGGAACGCCGUAUUGAGACUCUCAAAGCUCGUGCCGACUUGCAACAGGGACGGCUCGCUAGACCAGAUGAGCCAGCGCGUAAACCUGCUUCUGCACGGAGUCGACAGCUCCGUGGCGAGGACAAGCUUCGCGCGAGGAUAGUACGCCAACGUAAGGAGGCUCUACGCUACGGUAUCGAGAGAUUGGAGCUUGAAGUGCUCCAAAAAGAAAGAGAAUUAAAGAAAACGCUUGGAUAG